UAUGGUGAUUUUGACUGUCCACACUGCCAUUAGAAACCGUUAUUUAGAAAUAUCAUCUUGUUAAAUGCAAGGCGAAAAGUUAGCUUUAGAUUCGGAAGUGCAAGUUACCGAGGGUCUAGCUCCCAACUUCCGUAUAGCCUUGACAGGGAAUUUAAAUGGUCAAACGAGCAACAAAGUCUUCAGAAGUAGUAGAUUAGACGAUCUACCGCAGGAAAAAGCUGCCCUUCUCAGGUCGCACUAUGGAAUCAGGACAAUUUUAGAUCUCAGGUCAAACCGUGAGCUUGAUCUCACAUCCAGGACGGCUCUCAACACAUUCUUCGUUCCAGUCUGUUUGAACCCAAGGAAGGACCCUAAAAUAAGAAAGGCUGUACCUAGUAACUCAAAUCAUGAACCCCUGCUGGAUCAAGGUCACCGAUUCGUUCUAUCACUCAUCAGCACACGCUCUUUCUUCGCUCUCUUGGGACAUCUACCAAACUGGUUUAUCAAAAUAUUCGCCUUAUUUUGUCUGAUAGCCGAUUAUAUCUGCAACUCUAGACUUCUGCAUCGAUAUGUGCUCAAGGGACUGCUGAAUUCAAUGGGCUUGGAAAGUUUCAAAUUUUUCCUGAUCGACAAUUGUAAACGGGAAAUUGGAACAGCUUUACAAGUGUUUACAGCCAGUUCACGUUUUCCAGUGCUGGUAAAUUGCACGCAAGGAAAAGAUCGAACAGGACUGAUUAUUGCACUGCUUCAGAUGCUGCUUGAAUAUGACGAAAAACACAUAGUCUCUCAUUAUGCAAAAUCAUACGACCUUUUGAGAACAGAAAAAGUGUUGGCCGAAAUCAAUGACAAUUACGGCUUAAGCGACGAUUGGACAAAAUCAGACCCAGAAACUAUGCAACAUAUCAUUGAGUAUAUAAAGCUUCAUUACUCUUCUAUCGGUCAAUAUUUAGAACUAUGUGGUGUGACCAAAGAUGAACAAAAUGAAAUUAAACAGAAUAUAUCGGGUGUGAAUAGUCCAAAUUUCACUGAUUUGGACACGGGAACGGCAGAUGUAAAAAUACAGAUUGAUGAUUUUGAACAAGGAAAAACGGACGAUGAAGAUCGAAAGUUGUUGGAUGUGAACAAAAUUGAGCUGAAGGUCAUGACGCCAACUAGUAGUAUGGUCAGGUCCGAAAUAGUCGAUGCUAACGGCGACGUAAAUCGCACAAAGGUCACGACCGAAAUUAUAUCAAAUAACUCAGUCAAAAUUAGUGGAAGCGAGGAGGAAAUGGAAGGUACUAAAGCAGAUGAUCAUAUCAAUGAUGGCAAUGACUCUGAAAUCUUGCUGCCUGAACACAAUAUCUGUUCCAUCCUUCCGGAAAUUGAAGUUAAGCAACCGAUAAAUGUGGGCGAUGCUAAAAAUAUGGAUUUGUCUGAAACUAAAGAGAACUUGUCCGAACUUACAUCAACUGAUGCUUAAAUCAUUUUGGGUCGAGUUUGAAUGAUCUAAUUUGCCUCGAAAUGAAAUCUAGAGCAGAUGAUAAGACAAAUGCCAUUUUCAUGCACGAAUUUCGAGAAAUUGCAGAUGGAGCUAAAGUUUACCAUACAUUUUUGAAAAAAAAAUUGAUCCAUUGUUAGACCCAAUUCUAUUGAAAUUGUGUAUAUAAUUUCGAAUGAAAUACAGUUCUAUUUGUAACCUGAAAGAGGUGGGCUUUCUAGUAGUUUGUAAGUACCUGCCAAAUUUUUUCAAUUUUUGAUCGAUGAUAUCAUGUUUCUAAAAAAGGAGGCAGUCUGAAUUCAAGGUUCAUGUUUUUGUUGCAAAAUAAAUUUACACUAGAGUUGCUAAACAGUUUCAGCCUCAAAUUUUCAAUUUCUGACGCGUAAAAUGAAAACUAGCCAGAAUUUUCCAAAAAUAAAAAAACUGCAAACGGCUGGAAAAACGAGAUUAGUUGAUGCAGAUUUCGUAAAUGUUUGAAUUUGGCCUUGAUUUGCACUUUUCCAAUCGUAGUUGAUAUUUACAGAAACUGCAAAGUUUGCUCAAUGUUCAGACAUUUCAGAAAUUUAAUCGAUUAUAGGUCAUUGAACCUUAAACAUAUUAAGCGUGAUCAGAUUUUAACCAGACUUUACUCAAAUAUUAUUGUAGUAAGAGCUCGAAACGCACAAUAUGUCAAAUUUUACAUGCUAAAAUGCAACAAAAUAGUCAUGCUUCGAAGGUUAUGGACGACAUCUUUUGAUUUUACGGUAAAAUGGUGUUUUCUUUCAAAAGAUUAAAUCUUUUUGACCACUAAUCAUGAAGACCAGAGAUCAUGAAAUUGACUUUAUUUUUAUUAAGUAAAAGAUUUAUUAAAGAAAUAGAAAUACUGUUAUGAAUUAAUUUUAUGACAAUGCUAUUAAAAUAAAAGGCUUGAAGAGAAACAUCUUGAUGUGCUAAUUGAAUUGAUUUACUGAUUACUGAUUGAUAAUUGCUUAAUCAUAUUGAGUAUAUUUUCUCAUUUCAUUCAUGUCUCUGAUUCGGAGAUCUUUGAUCUUUUAAAUGCUAAAUUCUAUGAAUGAUCAAUACCUAUCUCUAACUAACACCAUUCCCUAUCGCUGGUUUAAAGUAGUUGACAGCUAAAAAUCUAAGUAUAAACCAGAAACCUCAGAAUACCCACCGCUUGUUUUUAUUUUUUUUUGUUUUCUCUUAUUUUGUCUUUUGCUGUCAACUACUGAAAACUAUGGCCCAUUCCCAAUUGUUGGUACUAUACUAAAUUGAUGCUCUAACUUAACUGCUCAAAAAUUUGUGGUCUUUUCAUUUCACUCAAAUUGAGCCUUAAGAUUUAAAAAAAAAGUGUAAGGAUACUACAACAUCCGUUAUUCUAGAUUCUUAUGCAUUGAACAACGCUGAAUAUCUUGCUGUACGAUUUAAAGACCCAAAAUUUAUUUCAUCUCUAUAAUUCAUUUCUAUUCUCACUUAUCCCAUCUACCUCUGUUGCCUGUGUUUUAAAUGUCCAGAGUUUAACUAGAAGCAUAAAUGGUAAUGUUUAUUUCAGACUGAAUUGUUUCAUACAUAUUUUGGUGCAAAGUUUUAAUUUACAUUUUAUCUAAGAA